UUAUAAAAGUUUUCAUAUUAAAGUAGAUGUGCAAUAUAAACUGAUCUAGACAGCUGAUAGAUCCUUAAAACUAUCGUUUCGGCUGACCAUCUCUAUAAGGAUAAGGAAUUUAGGUAGCGCGAAUUCCGCCCGAUUUGCGUGGAAAUCCACCCCUAAAUGACCUUCGGCCUAGGUAGCCAUCAUCUGGCCGCGGCAACGUCGCACAUUGGUUAGUAUUUCCAACACCACGAUCGAGAACACACCACCGAUGAUGACAACCGAUACAGGUAAGAAAAUUUGCAAAGAAUAAAGCGAAUAUAACCUUGAACUAAGACCAUUAUCCUUUAUGCAGCACCCACGGCAGCUUCCCUGCUGCAACUGAACGACGAUGUGCUGGCUUUGAUCGUCCGCCAGCUGAAUGUGUACCAGCAGUACGAGAUCGGCAGGUUGAACAGGCGACUGGAGAGCAUAGUGCAGAUGCUCUGGCGGACCCGGGUGCGCACUGUUGUCCUGCAGGACGAGAUGUUCCGGCGAUCGGUGACCAGUUCCCGGCACUUCCUGUCCUUCAUCCUGGCCUUGGCACCGCACAUGGAGCGCUUGAGUUGCCACCAGCUUGAUGUCCGGAGAUUGCGGGUGCUGAGCUCCCACCCGUUGGCGGGCAUCCAUUCCCUGGAGUGGCUGGGCGAUGGCAAUCGACGUGGACGCGUACGCUUCGUGGACGAGGAUGUGCGACUGCUGCGCCGGGUGUUCCCCCAUUUGCGGAGGCUCAAGUUGCGUGGCUGCCAAAUCACCGGGAAGUAUCUGUGCGAUUUGGAGCACCUGAGCGAACUCUGUUUGGAUGAUUGCCAGUUUCUGGAGUCUCAGCACUUCAGGGAUCUCUUCCGACAGCUGCGGCUACGCAAAUUCGAUAUUAUGGAGGACUGCGACGAAGUGAACUGCUGCGAUCUCGCAGAUCUGCAACUCUGUCCCACAUUGGAGCACAUUAAGAUUGCCGAUUACCAUUUGUGUAUGGAGAGUGAUAUUACGCAGCAACUGCUGCGCCUGCCACGCCUUCAAAAGCUGUCGAUAUACUCCAAGAACUUUGUCUUCGAUGUCCUGUCGCGUAUAGCCCGACCCAGCAGCACGCCAGGAUCGGUCCGGCUCAUAGAGGCAUUUCGCUUCAGUGGCGUACUGCAUGAUUAUGCGCGGUUUUUCCGGGAGCUGGGUAACCUGAGACAGCUGACAAGAUUGGAGCUCCAUGGCCAGCUGGAGGAGGAAGAGAAUGGUGGUCAGCUGCAGUGCCUGGAGGAUCAGGCGCUGCGACAACUGGCCCAUCAACUGCGUGAGCUGAGCGAACUCCACUUGUGUGGCUAUCAGCUGGAGAGUCCUUUGGGCCUUCUGGAGUUCGUGAUCAAUUGCCGCCAGCUGAGGGUCCUCGAUGUCACCCGAUCUCGGUGUCAUGGCGAGUCCUUCGUCCGGAGCUGCAUUGCCAUUCUGGCCAAGCAAAGGUGGCGCACUCAGCCCCUGGAGCUGUGGAUCCGGCAUAGCGACAUCAGUCCAGAAAUUGUUCACACUCCGCGCUGCCUGGACAACAUAAAGCUGGUCAAGAUCGAUUCCAAGCAGAUCGGACCCAAUAUGGACUAUUCAGCCGGUGUGCUCAAGUUCAGCUUCGCGAGGUAAUAGAAUCCAUUGUCCACCGAUUGGCGAAAGACUGAAGAAUCUAUGAACUGAUUACCACUGAUUACCACAUUAACUGAUGAACUCUCUACUUUUUACAUUAAUUGAAAAGUUUUAAACUGAAUUCUUAUUACAUACAUUUAUUACUUGCGAUCCAAAUAAAACGAUCUAAAAAAAUGAAAA